AUGAUGGCUCAGAUCCUCGGGGUGAAAGAAACCUUAGACCUGGAGGAAGGAUUUGGUGCUCUCGUGCAGAAUCUGCUGUCUGGUGGACUGGAGAAGGCGCAUGCAGAGAAGAAAGGGAGAGGGGGGACAGGAGUUGGAGGGCAGAUGGAGCAUGAUGGGAAUCAAGAAGGGUCAUGGAUGGACGGUGGUGGCCAGGAUGGUAGGGAUGGGAAGGGUGGGCAAUGGAGGGAGCAUCUGAAGGGGCAUGAGUGGGAGAGGUAUGUGGAUGGCAUGGCUUGGAUUCUGGAACAUGGAGCGGGAAAAGGGAGGGAGAUCCGGUGCAGCCACUGCAGUGAGGGGGGCAGCAGCAGCAGCAGCAGCAGCAGCAGCAGCAGCAUUGGUGGCAGUGGCAGCAGCCGCAGUGUGGGCGCGACGACAUUUCCCAAGGGCAUGUGUGUGAGUGGCGUGGGUGCGACCGAGUUUGCUCUUUCCGUUGCUGCUGUGCUGUCCACGCCAGAGUACUGCAAGGAAAGUGGCUUUUACUUCCAAGACGGCAACACUGCAAGCAAGGCACGGGUGGAGGAUGCAGCCAUUGAAACGGCCAGGGAGAGGCUGAGCAGGAUGGCACGGGGUGAAGGAGGGGCAGCAGGCAGAGGACAGCCCCCAGGGGAAGGAAGCGAGGGGGACCCGCUUCGGGACCUUCAGAGCUUGCUGGUCAGGCUCGGCGCCAUCCCCAAGCCUCUGGACCAAGGUGAGUUUCCCUUGGAGUGGGAAGAGUGGUCUCGGGACGAGGAAGCUGCUGCGAAGCUUCCUGAUGACGCCAGCGCGAGAUUCUUCCACCUGCGGAUUGUGAAGGAAGCGAGGGGGAAAGCAGGGGAGCGUGGGGCAGGAGAGAAGGGCGGACAGAGGUCAAAUGCAGGAGGCAAGAUUGGGACCGCGAGGGGGAAAGGAGGAGACAAAGGGAGGGGCAAGCAGGAGGGAAGGAGCAGAGGGCGUGGGGAAGAAGCGAGAGUUCGAGGAGUGGGGUGUGACUUAGACGAGAGGCUGCUACAGCAGCUGCUCACAAGGCUGCUGCCGCUAGUGCAGAGGAAAUUCCCCAUCGUUCGUUGCACUGCUGAUGCCGAAUUCCUGUUGGAAUUUGCCGGGCAUAUGGUGAAGCCACCUGCAUGUGCUGAGUGCAAGCAGUGCCUUGCAGUCUACAGCCGUAACAUCCCCUUCCUCGCGCUCAUUGCCAACUACGCCUACCGACCUGCCACCAUCCUUUUCAACCGCUUUGUAUCCAUCUUCCCUCCUCUCUCUCCCGAAUUCGGCCAGCUUGCUGCUCGUAUAGGUGUGCCGCCUUUCACUGCCAGCGUGCCUGGCUUUCUAAGGUCGGCUCUGGUGCAGACUCAGGCAGAGCUUCAUCCUGUGCUCUUCCUCUUGGCCGUGGCCCACAAAUGGGCCUCCCCCAUCCUGGGAACCACUGACCUGACGUACCUACACAGGCUGCGAGACAGAAAGGAAGAGGACGGGAGUGUGUGGGAAGAGGUGCAGAUGUGGUGCCUGGCGGUGGAGCUUGCAUGGCAGGGAGGCAUGGAGCUGGGGGCCGCCGCAUUGCGUUGGACGUGCAAGGGAAAAAAGGAGUGGGGCGGUUGGUUUGGAGCGGAGGGAGAGGAAACUAUGAGUGACAAGUGGCAUGAGCUGUGGAAAAAGGCUGCCGUACCAAGGUUCUGUGACGAUAUUGAAAGUGAGAGAAGGGUUUCUGGAUGUACCAGUGGGAGCAGCAGUCCCAGCGACAGCUUCGGAAGAAGCAGCUGUAGUCGCGGAAAUGACAGUAACAGUGGAAACCGAUGGACGAGGGGGGACGAUGGGAAGGGCAAGCAGGGGGAGGAGCUGGCUUAUUUGAAGCCAUGGCCAGGGGGAGUCAAUUUGCUGGCAUGUCUGCGAGAGAUGCUGCUGGGGGAGCCGUGCUACUGCCCUGCCUCCCCUGCUGCCCCUUCCUCCCCUGCUACCAGCACAGUUGCUGCCAUGCACCUUGCCACUCACCUUGCCAAUGCUGCUGCCACCAGUCCGGCUGCUGGUCCUGCCGGGGCAU